GUCCGGGGAGAUGGUCUACUGUGGACAGGUGUUCGAGGAAUCUCCCCUGCGGGUGAAGAACUUGGGCAUCUGGCUGCGCUCUGACUCCCGCAGCGGCACCCACAACGUGAACCGGCAGUACCGGGACCUGACCACAGUAGGCGCCGUCACUCAGUGCUACCAAGACCUGGGCGCCUGGCGCCGCGCCCGGGCCCACACCGCCCAGAUCAUGAAGCUGGAGGAGAUCGCGGCCAGCAAGUGCCGCCGACCAGCGGUCAAGCAGUUCCACGACUCCAAGAUCCAGUUCCCGCUGCCCCACCGGGUCCUGCGUCGCCAGCACAAGCCACACUUCACCACCAAGAGGCCCAACACCUUCUUUUAGAUGCAGGGCCUUCCUGUUCCCCUUCUGCCCAAAUAAACUCUUUGGGG